GAAAAUGGAGGCAGGUCAGAUUUGAAGAGACGACUGCAUUCCCAGAAGUGAUGCUUUUUAAACACCUUUAAUACAAUCAGAUUUAAUGAGUGCAUGGAGUAAAACAUCACAGCACAAGAAACUCAGAGAAAAGCUUGUUCUUGUAACGCAGACGGCCACUUCCUGCGGAGGGUGACAUGGAGUCUUCCUGUGCCCUGAGUGAUGGGAGAACAUCUCCCCCAAACUCUCUCCUCAUUGGUGGAGCUGGAGGGGGCGGAGCUCAUCGGAAGCGACGUACCCUCGUGGCCCCAGACAUGAACUUGUCCCUGGACCAGAGCGAAGGUUCCUUGCUCUCUGAUGACUUCCUGGAUACGCCAGAUGAUCUGGAUAUUAAUGUGGAUGAUAUCGAGACUCCAGAUGAGACAGACUCACUGGAGUUUAUCACCAACGGUAACGACCUGGAGUGGGAGGAUGAUACACCCGUCGCCUCGGCUAAAGCGCCCCCUGCUGAGAGUGAUACUGAUGGAGACGGUGUGGACGGGACAGGUGUCAACGGCCGUUUGUGGAGGACCGUGAUUAUCGGCGAACAGGAACAUCGUAUCGACAUGCAGGUCAUACGACCCUACCUGCACGUCAUAUCACAUGGAGGUUACUAUGGUGAUGGUCUGAAUGCUAUCAUUGUGUUCUCGGCGUGUUACCUUCCUGACAGCAGCUGUCCAGAUUACCAUUAUCUCAUGGAAAACCUCUUCCUGUAUGUGGUGAGCAGUUUGGAGAUGCUGGUGGCGGAGGAUUAUCUCAUAAUCUACAUAAACGGAGGAACGCCGCGCAGUAAAAUGCCAGGCAUUAGCUGGUUGAAGAAGUGCUAUCAGAUGAUUGACAGAAGACUGAGGAAAAACCUGAAAUCUCUGAUCAUCACUCACCCGUCCUGGUUUAUCCGGACAGUCGUUGCCAUAUCCAAACCCUUCAUCAGCGUGAAGUUCAUGAAUAAGAUCCGUUAUGUGCACAGCCUGGAAGAGCUGGAGAAGAUUGUGCCGAUGGAACAUAUUCAGAUCCCAGAGUGUGUCUUACAGUUUGAAGAGGAAAGAAUUAAAGCAAGAAACGAGAGAAUGGAGCAAGAAAAGAAAGAGCAACAGCACCCUGAAAACAAACACAAUUCAACCAAACUUGAGAGGACAACAGCUGUUGAAGAUGCUGGACACUGAAUGGACAAGCUAGGAUGUUCUUGUUGGUGUUGCUCUUCAAAGCUGAUCCAAGACCAGCUCUCAUAUUCCCACAUCUGGUCCUUUAUCUUUACAAAAGAGGAUACAAAACUGGUCUCAGAUCAGCAACAAAGAGGAAGCCUUAAUUGAGAGUGGUAGCUGAAGGAAGCUGGUUGCAAACCACCAACAGAUGGCACUGCACACAGAUAAAUUACGCUGUAGUCCGUAGAAGACACAUCAUCAUGCAAUGUACUGUAGCCCCCUUUGCAGUUGUUGAUUUUAAAUAGGCUGUUUCCUGCUUUAUUGUCACAAUUGGUGUCAUCCUUAAAGGUUCACUCUGUCAUUUUUUCCUAACAAAUAGUACCUUUUUUUCAAAGUACCCUAAUAUUUUAUUUUACAUGUUGAGAUGACAUAACCAGAUAGAUAGAUUGAACUAAUUUUAGCAUGAUAACCCCCUAUUAUCAGACACUUACACUCUCUGAAAUAACUAAUCAUGACUAACUGUGAAUCGCACAUUUCUAGAAUAGCAUCAGUAAAUCAAGUCCAAAAUGACUGCCAAAUUUCAGCCAGUGCAACAUACAACACAACAUAUUACUGAGUGUACAUUUAAGAAUGUCAUCCAACCUGCCUUUAAUUGAUGCGUGUAGUUGCUCAGGAUUUAACUGGUGGUGCAUGUUGAUUUCAGAGCAUUGCAACAACCAUCUUGUACUUUUCGGUUGUAUGCGCCCAGAUCGAAUGUAACUUCUUUCAGUUUUGCUGGUUAUGUUUGCCUGGAAUCAUCUUUUGGAUGUUUAUUGAAUGUUUCAUGAUCUUGUUUAAUGAUCUGCUUCUGAGCUUUUGUAAAUGAUAAGUCCCAGUUAUCUUUGUUUGCCAUCACUGUAUUCAGCAGAAAUAUUAUUUUGCCAAUGUUUGCUAUGAAAAUGUUUCAAAAUUAAACAUU